CCUCAGCAAACCUCCCUCGUCCUCUUCAGGCACCUCUUAGAAAGCGUGACCUGAAUCCCCUCGAAGCCAUUGUUUAAUUAUAAUACCAACAACAAUGGCUAUCUCCACUACCAACUCUCUCAUUUCCAACAAAUCCUUAAUCCCAAACUCAACCAACCCCCUUAUUCAUUCCACUCCCACCAAACUCAACCAAUCUUCUUUUCCCGGGUCCGGGCCCAGGCCCAGGCCCACACCUUCCAUUGUAGCCGUCCACGCCGCCGAGCCCGCCAAGAACCCCGUCGUCUCCGACAAGCCACCGAAACCUCAACAGACAGCCACCCCAGCCCGUAAUGCCGGUCAGGGAAAGUGGGCCCCAGAGAGCUGGAAAUUGAAGAAGGCCCUCCAGCUGCCCGAAUACCCGAACCAGGAGGACCUGGACUCGGUGCUCCAAACCCUCGACGCUUUCCCCCCAAUCGUGUUCGCCGGUGAAGCCAGGACCUUGGAGGAGCGUCUGGGCGAGGCUGCCUUGGGAAAUGCCUUCCUUCUUCAAGGUGGAGACUGCGCUGAGAGCUUCAAGGAGUUCAAUGCCAAUAACAUCCGUGACACCUUCAGAAUCAUUCUUCAGAUGAGCGUCGUUAUGAUGUUCGGUGGCCAAAUGCCAGUUAUCAAGGUGGGAAGAAUGGCGGGUCAAUUUGCUAAGCCGAGAUCGGAUCCGUUCGAGGAGAAGAACGGCGUGAAGCUUCCAAGUUACAGAGGGGAUAACGUUAACGGAGAUGCGUUUGAUGAAAAGUCAAGGAUUCCUGAUCCGCAGAGGAUGAUUAGAGCUUAUUGUCAAGCUGCUGCUACUCUCAAUCUUCUUAGAGCUUUUGCCACCGGAGGUUAUGCUGCUAUGCAGAGGGUCACUCAAUGGAAUUUGGACUUCACUCAGAAGAGCGAGCAGGGAGACAGGUACCGGGAGCUUGCUCACCGAGUUGAUGAGGCCCUUGGAUUCAUGGCUGCUGCUGGGCUCACAGUGGACCAUCCUAUAAUGAAAACAACUGAAUUCUGGACAUCUCAUGAAUGCUUGUUAUUGCCAUACGAACAAUCACUUACUAGGUUGGAUUCAACUUCUGGUCUCUUCUAUGACUGCUCAGCUCAUAUGCUUUGGGUUGGGGAAAGGACAAGGCAGCUGGAUGGUGCCCAUGUUGAGUUUUUAAGAGGAGUUGCUAAUCCUUUAGGAAUUAAGACAAGUGAUAAGAUGGAUCCUAAUGAGUUGGUUAAACUCAUUGAGAUCUUGAAUCCCCAAAACAAGCCGGGGAGAAUCACUGUGAUCACAAGGAUGGGAGCUGAAAAUAUGAGAGUGAAGCUUCCACAUUUAAUCAGGGCAGUGCGUAGAGCAGGACAAAUUGUCACAUGGGUCAGCGAUCCCAUGCACGGAAACACCAUAAAGGCUCCAUGUGGUCUUAAAACUCGCCCCUUCGAUGCCAUCAGGGCUGAAGUGAGAGCAUUCUUCGAUGUGCACGAACAAGAAGGAAGCAACCCAGGAGGAGUUCAUCUAGAGAUGACGGGUCAGAAUGUGACUGAGUGCAUUGGUGGGUCAAGGACGGUCACAUUUGAUGACCUGAGCUCACGUUACCACACACACUGUGACCCUAGGCUCAAUGCUUCACAAUCUCUUGAGCUUGCCUUUAUCAUCUCUGAACGUCUAAGAAAGAGUAGGAUCAGUUCGCAGCAGCCUCUUGCCUCUUUAGGUCUGUAAAAGGGGCUUUCGGAAUCAACAAAAUAUCUUCUUUCUUUUUCCUAUAUAUUUAUCUAUGGCUGUCACUUUUAUGUUACACGUGGAUGUGGAUGUGGACUUGGACUGGUUAGAUAGUUAGCUUAUGUUGUUGUGUACUGUAUUUGUAUGUGUAUACUGCCUGGUAAUACGUUUGAACUUGGAAGGACCAG